CGGGUGCUGCUAAAACACCCCCUCACCAGCACACCUACCACAGCUCCAGGUGCGCUUCUCUUCUCUAGCAAAUCCCAUUUAGCUAGUUACAAAACACAAAUCUAGAAUAAAUGCGCUAUUUAUGCAAACAUACACCUAAUGUACUUUGAAACACAACUUUCCCAGCUCCUAGGGAGGAUUAUUCGAUAUCCCGGAGCGCCCCGGGCGCGGUCGCUGCCCUCCCCCGGGGCUGGAGACCGAUCUCCAAGAGGACGCGGCCGUGCCCGAGCUAUGGCAAAAGCUGCCCAGGUCCGGCUCCCCAGCAGCGGAGAGGGAACAUGGAUUUGGGGAGAAGAAGGGUUUUCGGGAGCCGGGAACCCCCAUGCAGCGGUGCCGGCGAUGCUGUGGGAAGGGGUACGGAUUUCUAUUACUGCUCCUUCAUAUCCUGAAAACAGUUACUGCUCUAGAGAAGAAGAACAUCAUCAGUAAACUUGGAGACAACGUCACACUAAGUUGCAUUUAUACCAAAAAAAACUUGCAAUUAAAAAAUCUACGGGUGUAUUGGCAAAUAGCUGAUGAUUCCUAUCAAGAGAAGUGUUCAGUUGUACAUGCACUGAUCUCUGGCCAAGAUGAUAACACAAAUCAGUGUAUUCACUUUAAAGACAGGACUCAGUUAUUCUGGGAUAGGUUGGAAAGCGGUGAUUUUUCUCUGCUAUUGUUAAAUGUCAGCCAGAAUGAUGGACAUACAUACAAAUGUGUAGUGCAGGAGAAAACUGAACAUCCCAAAGUGAUUCACCAGGCAGAAGUGGCUCUCAGUUUAGCAGCGAGUUACAGCCAACCAAUUCUCAGUGGACCAAUAAGAAACAGUGACAGCCCUGGAGAGGAGGUGACCUUCAACUGCAGGUCUGGCAAUGGAUACCCAAAGCCCAAUGUUUACUGGAUCAAUAAAGUGAACAACAGCCGCCUGUCUCCAUCCAAAAUAGAGAUCAUACCCCACGACGAUGGCACUUUCAGCGUUUUUAGCACACUGAAGGUGAAAGCCACUUCUAACAUGCAGAUAGAGUGCUCCAUAGAGAAUGAGAUGCUGCAGGAAAAUCUGUCAGCUAACUACACACAGCAGAAGAAAAGCACUGGUUCUGGCACAGAAAGUGAUGAAAAUCUAGGGAAAAAAGGACGAGGUGCUCAAGCAGCUGGAAUCAUUGGCAUUGUCUUUGUGAUAGGUCUUCUAACUGGUUUAAUCUGCUGGCUGUGGAGAAGGAGGUCCUCUAAUCUAGUGUCCUAUAGAGAUGGCCAACCAAUAGAAAACCAAGCAGGACUCAACUCACCUGCAUAAAUGGAAGGUCUGCCAACGAUUUGGGCAGCUGGAGAUGUAUCAAGGGAAGCAUCACUCCCUCAGUGCAGCAUUGUUUGUGAUACAAGUGACAGAUUUCUGCCAAGAAAGAUGGCAAAAAAAUAAAAAAAUCUGCUGGAUUUUCAUUCCAGCCAGUGACUGUGUCCACAGAAGUCAUGUCACCACUCCAGCUCAGCACUUUGGACAGUCCUUUGUGACUGUCAGUGCUUUGGGCACCUGUACUGGGGAAAGCAGAAAGCCUGGAACUCAACUGCUCUGUGCCAGACCACUGAAAGCUGGUGCUUGUCCAGUCUCUCAUCACGAUCCCUGAGGACUGUCAGGAGCAGAAGCAGCCACAUUUCAGGAGCGUGGGACAUUCUUGCUGUCACCUUACCCUGAGGAUGACUACUGCAUGUGAAGAAAGGCAGCUAAAACAAAGAAAGAAAACUGAAGGACUCUGCAGAGUGUAAUUUGUGACCUCUUCCAUGUUUCUCUCUCUCUCUCUAGAGUACAACUCUUUUGUUGUCUGUUUUCACCAGCUGUUACUGGGAACAGAACCAGGCAGAACACUUUGACCCAGUCCUCCAAAACCAGGAGUUGCUCUAAUGGGGUCAAAUACUGAAUGUAUUAUCAUAAGAGAAGAUGCCUUCUUUAAGCCUUGAUAGCAACAUUUUGGUUUUUACCAAAUAUUCCACCAAAAAGGGGACUUCCACCUUCAACAGGAGCCAGCUGUGAGAAAAAAACAGGCUGUGGAAAUCAGACCAAUUAAAAAUAGUGCUCUCUGCUAUGUAAAUGUCAUGUCACCUGGACUUACCCUUCUCAGGAUGGAACAAAAACUGUGGUUGAGCUCUGCUUGAUUCAACUGAAUCUUUAUUUAAGCACUUUCCCAUGGUUUCCAGGGAGGAUUUUAAACUGAAGGUUUUAAACUGAACUUGUGAUUGUGUCUCAUCCUCACACGCACCCAACAAAACAAAACAAAGAAGUGCAAAUUCUAUCAGUGUGUUGUCCAUGAAUAUCCAGAAAGCCAAGAACUGCAUUUUCCUUGUGCCAGUGCAUGUGCCUUGCUGUGUCAGCCCCAAGUCAGCCAAAAUGACUGGCUGAAAAUCACAAAACAGUAAGCUUUGCUGAUUGAUGAUCUUGAAUUUUGAAGGAGGAUUUUUUACUAGAUCUCUUGCCUAGAUGGAACAGUUUCCCCAUCUUGUCAUGGGAGGCUGGAGAUUGUUAUUUUAAACAGAGCUCUGGAAGCACUUGACCUCUCCUGCACCAGUUGCUAGACUAAAAUUGUAUGAUUUUUGUGAAUAAAUCACAGCCUUGUUUAUUCUUGCUCUGUGCAUGAGAAGCAUCAACUCUGAGCUCAGACAAUGAUUUUUCAUAUCAAGAUCUGCUUUCAAUUCCCAGACAAGUUAAAAUUCUGUUGUGCCCACAUGAUGUGGAACCAAGACCAUUGGGCAAUAGUGCAGCAGUGAUCUUUUGUCAAACCAAUUCCCCCAGGGAGGCUCCCAGCUGAGCAGCUGUGCUUCUCUCAUGUCAGUGAAUCCAGAUAUUAGAUAUUUUCUGAGUCCAAAUCUAGUCUUCAAUGUACCCUAAAGGGAAUUUGCUUGAUGAAAGCUUGCAGACACCUCAAAAAUGUGACCAACAUCUGUGCAGAUGUGCAGGGUAACCAUUUCCUAGUGAUCCAUAACAAGUCCUGUAGAUAUUUCCUCCUUAUCUGUCACAUGAAAUUGUUUUGUGCAGCCUCUGGUGCUGCUGUACCUGACAGGAGCCUUUCCUACAAGUAAUUUUCCACUUUUAUAUUCUGCAACUGUGACAGUUCAGAGAUGUAAAAAGUGACCUAGAAGCCACUCCACAAUAUGGUAUUAAAACAAAUUUAGUCUGGUUGGAUUUUCUUACUUCUGGGCUACUUCAUGGAUACACCUAAAUACAAAAACCUUUUCUUGAAAAAUCUGUGUUUUCAUUUAGCUCUUCUUGGAGGUCAGCAAAUCCUAGAUGAUGGUUGUUAUCAUUCAAAUGACUUGGGAAUUUUGUUAUAGCAGUUUUUAUCUUCACAUACUGUGUUUAUAUUUUAAAUAAAAUCUAUUCAUUCU